CACGGCGGGGCGGGCGCCGCGGCGCGACGAGGAGCCAGGGUGCGUUCAUGUUCGCGGCGGUGUUCGCCGCGGCGGGCUGGCACGUCGGAGUGAACCUCGUCACGUACAACGACAGCUUCUGGAGGUGGGGCGACGACUGGCGCCUCGGGGUCUCCGGCGGCGUCGUCCUGUGGCUGCUGUCCCAGACGCUGCUGCUGGCGGCACACAACGAGCUGCACCGCAGCAGCCCGGCGGGCAUGGCGGCGAGCGUGAUCGCGUGGGGCCAGGAGAAGGCACAGGUGCUCGAGGAGGCGGUGCUCGGCGAGCAGGGCGCGGCAGACUAGGU